AGUGGCCAGACUCCUGCUGGACUUUAAUCCCCCUCCGAUCCGAGUGACGAACUUCCUGCUUCCCUUAUCACGCGUACUGGAAAACUAGAUCAAGGAAAGAUGACACCCACUUCACGUGACCGGUUACUUAUGGUAAAAGGAAAAUAAUAAUAAUAAUACCACCUAGUAAUAAUAAUAAACGGUUAUACAGGCAGGCUGUGAUCAACUCGGGCAUGGUUUUCCGUAUCCUCGGUGUGCAGGGAUGGGACGCAGAAGGAACCGGAGAGAGAGCUGAGAAACCAAAACACAGCGCUCGCACCUUAAUGUAGACCGCGGACGCUACUCGGAUUUCACUAAAAUGCAUCGGUUAUACGGUCAAGAUCCGGUCUAAUUCCUCUGUUAGAAAGGUAAACCCAAUGCAACGCUUGUCUUUAUGCUUCCAUCGGAGCUGAACCGUUUUCCGGGUGCUGUAGAUUACCAACCAUAUACCGAGCUCUUCCGGCAGCACAGGAGGGUGAUAUCCAAACCUGCCGUUAAGGGCGAAUUUAUGGGAUCACAAGUUUCAUCUGAUGAGAUGAGUGUGCGCGCAGGCCAGGGCAGCGAUGAGGUACUGGUGUCUCAGGCUGUGUGGGAUUACCUGGCAGCAGCCGGAAGGCCGUGGCUGCUUGACUUUGAGGAUAAACAAGGACUAAGCGCUGGAAUCGUGCGCCGUGGAGAGCGCGGAGGCUGCUGUGCAGUAAGACUCUCACCAGUGGAGGGCAGGCCCGGGGUGAUGGAAAGCCCAGUCUCACCUGCCACACGCAAAGCCUUUAUAGACCUGUGCCGCUGUGCCCGCAAGGAGAUGACCAAACAGGAAGCUGCUCCAAAGAGAAAGCGUUCUCUUUUACCCUGUAUAGGAGUGGUGGAAACGGACGCUGAGGGAACUUUGCUUCCUCCGCCUCCUCCACAGCCGCGUCGAUCUCAGAGGCAGCAGCAAAGGUGCAGGAAAAGCACUGAGGUGGACUCUUGUGCUAUUCUGCCUAUGUUGCAUGAAGCCUCAGCAAAGACAGAUUGUGAUUCAGGAGCAGGCCGGUCGAGUGAAGACGACAGUGCCAUGUGCUCCAUUUGCAUGGGAGAGAUGCUGGAGAAGACUACUUUGGAGAAGUGUGGCCAUUCGUUUUGCCGCUCUUGCCUGGAACAGGCGUUCCAGGUGAAGAAAGCUUGUCCUGUGUGCAGGCUUGUUUAUGGCCAGCUCAUUGGGAAUCAGCCAGCAAAUGGUAGCAUGAUGGUAGAAAGAGACCCAGACCUGGAGUUACCUGGGCAUGAGGGCUAUGGCUGUAUAUGCAUUAUCUAUAGCUUCCCUCCAGGGUUGCAAUCACAAGAGCACCCGAACCCUGGGGUGCGAUAUCCAGGCACAGACCGUGUGGCCUACUUACCGGACAGCCCCGAGGGUAACCGUGUUUUGCGACUGCUCCGGCGUGCUUUUGAACAACGGCUCAUUUUCACUAUAGGAACCUCAAUGACCACAGGCAUGCAUAAUGUCAUCACAUGGAACGAUAUCCACCACAAGACCUCUAUAUGGGGUGGACCACGAUGCUUUGGUUACCCAGAUCCUACAUAUCUCGUGCGGGUGACCGAGGAGUUGCGGGAAAAAGGAAUAAUGGCUGACUGAUCGUUUGCUACUCAGCACUUUGGGACAGCUUGUGACCUGGCAAGUGGACCAGAUUGACCACAGACUAUUCAGUGAUUCACUGUGUUAAUGUAGAUCACAGCCAUUCUACGGUACCGGUAUGGUCAGACGGCUUUUUACCAACACUGAGAUUGUAUUGAUUUGUUUCUUUUUGUUUGAACAAAAAGUGAUUGCUUUCUUGCAAUAAGUGACAUGUUAUAAUUGAGUGCAGUGCAUUCCACCCUUUUUAUUGGUUUGAGAGACGGCACUUUGAGAAUCAAAAGCCCUGUGGUUUGCUGAGAUGACUUUAAGAUGAAGUUUUUUCUGCUGCAGUAGUAGGGAAGUAAACUGUUUUCAUGUUACAGGCAAAUGGCUUUCUCCAGUUUUCUUUCCAUUUCUUCCGUCCAGCAGGUUUUCUGUGACCUGCUAGUGUUUUGCCAUCGUCUGGACCAAACCCUAGCUACACCGAUAAUGGGCCAUAUUAAUUUUUUGUUCAUUUUUCAUAAUCAGCACUACAAGGCACUUUGCAGUUAUAUAUGUAUGCUAACUGUAAGAAUUCGGAACUGGUGUGUUCCCAGAUACUCGGCAUUUUGCGGAUGUAGAGACGAGUUUAGUGGCUACAAGCUGAUGUCAGUCCUUAUGUCAUUUUUUUUUUUUUUUUGCUUCCUGUUUAUCUCAUCCAGAGCUAUCUUAUGUUUGAAAAUAGAAAAAACAAACAUGUUUUGCAAAAUUAUUAUUAUUAAUUCAUCUGUAUUCUGGUUGGAAAACUCCGGUGAAGAAUUGCCGCUGUAAUAAGAUCAGCUUUGGAAAAAAAAACAAGCAAACAAACUGUUUGGAAGUUUGGGGUUUUAUUUUUUUGCAUGUCUGUUAUUGACUUGAAUGUGUAAACGUCUAUAUGAUGUCAUUAAAAAAAAAAAAAAGAAAGACCUGUAGACUGUCCCAAAUCUAAUAAAAAGGCACAAUCGGAUUCUCCUGCCAGGGAAGAAUCAUAUUUAAGCCUCAGAUCCAGCAAAUGGCUGGAUUUAUUUCAUGUAAGCAGGCUUUUUUUCCACUUAUACUAACACACUCUUGGUGUGAUUCUACAGCCAUGUGAUUUGUUAAAGCGGUAUAAUAUUUAUUUUUUCAUUCAGUCUGCUGUUAACGAAAGAUUGCAGAUCUUUAGUUAACAGCAAGAUGAUCUGAUGAGUGAAAAAGAUUUUUCUGUAGUAGGUGGGGGUCACCUGAAGUACGUUCCGGCAGUAAGUUGAGAACAUUAUGCGAUUAUGGUUAAACAUUAUUAUAAAAUCAUUUUUGCCAUGUUAAAAAAAAAAUAAGUAAGAGCCUGUUUGGCUCUAAAAUGACUUAACUAUAAUAUCAUGAAAUGGAAAGAAGAAACACCAAAUAUGUUUCAAGCUGUCUAAAUUUUUCUUUUUCUCCUCAUUUUGCAUUAAGGGACCAACACAAAGAUCCUUUUUGGAUGACAUAAAUAACACCGAUCAUGCAAAAUUCUAUGCAGUUCACGUUAGUGGAGGAGGAAAUACACCUCUUUAAAGAUAAUCGAUUGUUAUUCCGAGUUCAUGAUUUGCCUUUACGGCUGUGUUGAUUUGUACACGACACACCUGUCUGCUACGAUAUGUGCUUUAUGUUUUCAUACUUGAAUAAAAGAGUUCUGUUCA